AUGCCCGCAGACUUUGGGACUCAGUCUGAAGCAUAUAAUGGUAUCUCGGGUCAAAUCAUCGGUGCUAUUUCACUAUUUGUGCCUCAUCCUAUUACCAGUGUGAAUGGCCCGAUGGAGGAAGAGGAUGAACGAAUCGCUGUCGAUCCGAUUCAACUAUCUCUAAAUGGUGACAGUUCAACAUUGACAGAUAUCGCUAAGGCCUUUGCCAGUGAUUCACGUCCCCGUUUGAUGCUAAUUGCUGGUAAAAAUACCAAGACCUCCCAGUCGACAGUAAUAGGGAUCUAUCUACCAUCAGCACUUUCGGAAGGAGUCUCUCUGCGUCUUUUUUUCGAGUUGCAGCCGAAAUUUCGUCUCCAUCGAUGGUCCAGCUACCACAAAGGACUGACAAGCAUGCUGGUCAGGGAUGGCUCUAAGGAUGUGAAGAGUCUAUUAUCUCGAGAGUCUAAUGCCAAUUCUCCUGGUGACCUUGAGUCCAAUGAGCCAUUUGGGAUUGGUGGUUCAGAAGGCGAAGAAACUUGCAUCAAAAUUGACCCAGUGAGAAAGCUAGCGUCUUCGGUGUGUCAUUCAACGGAAAGUCAAGUGGAAUAUAGCCACUUCGCUGUGCUCGGGAUUUCGGGUGGGGAGCAAGCCGUGCUUCCAGGACUUAUGAAUACGAGUACCACGUGGGCAAAAGGUAUUCCAGGGACUUUUCAGGGGGGUCCAAAAACCGGAGUAAAUCAAGGGAAUGAACUGAAAGCACGGAUUAUGGGAUUUGGCCCCGUUUGA